GGGGGAUCCGCUGCUUUUGUCCUCUGGAUUCUUCUGAGAGUCUCAUGCCGAUGAAUUUCGCUUUCUCCGUUUGGCAAGCGACGCUUCUCUUCGCCGUCCUACUCGCGCAGGCGUCGACGAUCGACGCGUGGGCGAGAGGUAAUGGAGGGCAUAUGUCGGACCAUACCCUCGAACAGGUCUCCGUGCGCGCGAGCGGCGAGACGGCAGCGGGGGACAGAUUGCGGGGUGCCGUCAAGGAACGUGGACGAGAUGGCUCUCAAGGAGACGGUCCUUUAGACCCAGCGACGAUGAAGGCGCGGUGGGAGGCGGCAGCGCGUGGCUUUAAUACGUACGUAGCUGUAGACAGGCGAGAGCCUGGCGAGGUCCAUUCCGCCAGCUCUGAGCCGACGGAAGCGACUCCAGACGUCCUGAGUUUUGUCAAAUCGUCGAACACCGAGGUUGGGACAAAGAGCGAAGAUCCCACUGGCGAGAACGGAGCCCCCACUGGUGAUGCUUUGACUGCUGUUGAAAAAGACGUCGCGGAGUUGCAAGCUCAGGCGGAGGAAGCUGCUGUUAAAGCGGAAAAGUUGGAAAAAACUUACCUUCACAAGUUUGGUCCAGUUUGGUCAUCUGCGGAUUUAAUCAUAUUCUCGACCUACACAUCUGGUCACGCGGAAAGAGACUUGAGAGCAUUUGAAGCGUACGAUGCUGGUGAAGAUACGUAUCAGACAGAAGCGGUGAGGCAGUACAAGAUGAUACAACGGUGGCAAAAAAGUGUCGUGGACGUGUUUGGGGUUCAGCCAAUCAUCUUUGGUGUCGACCAGAACGUCCAUCCCACACCGACGAGCUGUGACGUGCUGAACAAGUGGAACUUAUCGUGUACCAACGAGCCACGAUAUCCACAUUUUACGAACGGUAAUCAAGCUAGAAACGGUGGUCGGGUGGUGGCUGUAGAUGCAAAACACUGGUAUGCAAGUUACUUUCUUGAUCAGGGAAAGACAGUUCUAUUUUCCGAUAUUGACCUUGUGUUUUACCGCAACGGGAGAACUUUCGUCGAUGCUUGCCCGGGAUUGUGCAUUCUAUCCGACGAUCAGACUACAGAUGAUAAAUUUAUGUUUACACUCAGCACUGGUUUAUGGGCCGCACAUCCAACGAAAGAAACGAAAGCGACGUUUCAGGACAUGCUGGGCAGAAUGAAAGAAGAAACACAAAACGAACAGGAUUUAUUCAGGCUAACCACCGAGCAACAGCCAGAUGUGAAAUCAAAAAAUCAAACGUGGUUCCGCGUCUGGUCCAAAAGUGCUGUUUCAAAUUUUGAUGUGGCGAUGGCCAGGAGAGCCAAAGGGCUUCCAGCGGGUUGCUCGGUGAUUCAUUUUGGCUACGUCUACGGAGCUGAGAACAAGAAUAGGCUGCACGAGGCAAUAAGUGAGUUCCCGGAGAGCCAUGGGCUCUGCGCAAGCUUUGAUGAUUCCGUCACUGAAAAUGUCUUCAUCGCGCCGCCUUGACUGGACGCGCGUUUUACGUUCAUCGGCGCGGCAUGGUAUUCUUGGGAAGGAUAUUUCUCGAUUGGUUCAAAUAACUACUGAAGGUACCUUUGAAGGUACGAAUAAUAAUGAACGAAGGUACCUUCGUUCUUAUAAACCAAUCAUUGGAGCUCAAAAUGUAACCAAAAGAUUACGGGAUUUAAUAAGGGUUAAAAGUUAGCUAAAAGAAAAUAAGAGCACAUCAAGCUUGCUCUAGCUACUCCGACGUGGAGCACGUCUUAGCUAGCAAGCUAGCUAGCUAGCUAGUCUACGAAGGUAAUACUGACUCGCUUAUGUUGCUCUUCAUUAGACUAGACUAUCAUAACUAGGCUUUGCAACUGUG